UUCAUUUCAUUAGAAUAUUAAGCCCAUCCUAUCUCAGUAUAACUGACUGUCCUCAGAGUAACAGAAGAGUAAAGAGAUUUUAACUAACAAGCACCACAUUGCAGAACACACAUCUGAGGAAUGAAAGGCACUUUGACAAAGAUCUGCAGAGCACGACUCCUGGCUUCUUUCAUCCUCAUUGUGUGCAUUACAAUGACAUCUUCAAAGACUCGUGAUAUAACUGAGCUGAGAAAUAAAGUUUCAAAGAACAAGGUGAAUUCGAGGGGGAAUCUGUGGGCAACAGGGCAUUUCAUGGGCAAGAAGAGUGUUGUGGAUAGGUCCUUUAUGGAGUCUACCUCUGAAGGCACUCUCACUGAAGUCAGAUCUGGUGGUCACAGACAGGAAGACCUGCAGGCAGCGCUUAUCCAGGUGCUGCAAACUGUCGAACAGACACAGAGGAAACGCGUACUGGAAAUAGGAGGACGAGAUCGUGCUUGAGGAACAUUUGAGAUGUUACACCAUAAAUAUGAAAUCCUGCUGAUGAAGACAAGUUUUUUAAAUCUUGUGAAAAAUAAGCUCUAAUGUAAAUGGGUUUCUGUUUUUAAUGUGAUAUGUUACAUUGACUGAUAGUGUGAUGUCAAUCUGCAUGACUGCUGUUAAUAAAACAGACCAGUGGGCAGCCUUUUUUGCUUUGUUU